AUGUCAGCUCACUUAGGUUCCGUUUUUCGACACAGAUUUCGUUUUAGUGGCAAACACCAUCCUCAUCACCACAAAUUGAGGAGAGCCUUGAAUCUUCGUUAUUAUGAAGCUUACUUAACUUUUCUUUAUAUUGGAAUAAAAACUUUGUUUCUAGCUAAUGUUUCAAUGCAGAUGUUUUUAAUGAAUUGGUUUCUUCAAACAAGCAAUUAUCGUUAUUAUGGUUUUGGUGUGUUGGAAGACUUGAUUUCCGGAAGGGCUUGGAGCGAUUCUGGAAACUUCCCUAGAAUUACCUAUUGUGAUAUGGAUGUUAGAGUACUCGGUGCCAUUCAAAGGCAUACAGUACAAUGUGUUUUGGUUAUUAAUAUCUUCAUCGAGAAAUUUUUUAUUCUACUUUGGAUUUGGUAUUCACUGUUAUUCAUCCUCACAAUUAUUAGCCUUUUUAAGUGGAUACUUUGUUCUUUUCCUUUUGAAGCGAGGAAAAGGUAA